CCAACAUUGCUGGUGGAAAUCCUCUAUUUCCGCGCGCAAUUGAGGUUUUUGGUUCCUCGGCUUCCUUCCUCUCCCUCUCAACACUUGAUUGCUUCAACUGUACUUUUGCAGUGCAGUGACCAGACCAAAAUUAGGGUUCGAACAGAGCUAAUGGCUUCUUCUUCACGUCCUGCGAGGCGUAAACGCAAGAACCAGAACAAACAUGAAGAAAAUGAAGAACCUAAUGACAAUGCAGAAACACCAAUUGACAGCUCACAAAAUGAUUCAAAGAAGAAGAAGAAGAAGACGACGACGAUGCCUCCAUUGGUGGUCUUCGCUCAUGGUGCUGGUGCCCCUUCCUCUUCUGAUUGGAUGAUUAGAUGGAAGGGCAAGUUGGCCAAAGGGUUGCAGGCUGUUGAAGUUGUGACAUUUGAUUACCCAUACAUCUCUGGUGGAAAACGAGGGGCUCCUCCUAAGGCAGAAAAAUUAGUUGACUUUCAUGUGGACGUUGUCAAAAAGGCUGUAGCGAAGUACCCUGAACAUCCACUAAUUUUGGUUGGAAAAUCCAUGGGUUCAAGGUAAUCAUUACUGUACAUUU